GCUGCGGUUGCCAUGGCGCGGAUGGGUGCCGGGUUGGAUGCCGCGGUCUGGCAGGGCCCUUGGAAGGCGAUGGAUGCCGUGUUCUGUGACAUCGCAGCCCUGGUCACAGCGUGGCGCAGCCGGGCCGCGGGCAGAACACGGCACACACGGCGCGAAGCCAGAGCCGCUAUGGAGCUGGUGUGCAGCACCAUGCUUGGCCGCACCUUCCCUUGGCUCAUGCUGCUUGGGCUGAUCGCCAUCUUGGGCCGGCCCGUGGACAUUCCCAGCCUUCCUGCCACGGACACGGACACCGCGGCUGUGCUCGAUGAUAUCCUGGAGCAGCAGGACGUGUACCCAGAGAAGAACCCCUCGGGGCACACGAUGCUGCCUUCUUGGGGUGGCAUAGCCCUGGACCUGCUGGUGACGGGCGUGUCCUUCGGCUGGUGGCUGCGGAGACGGUGGCGACAGGAGAAGCGCCAGAGGCCCUCGGACUCUCCAGGGACGGGCUGCCACGGAUACGAAUGCCGCAAGGAGCUGCUCCAGCUGCUGAGGGACAACCGUGCCCUGAUGCGGAUGUGCCUGGGCCGCCGCCCUUUGCCUGGAGAGAAGAGACUGAGGAAAUGGGGCCUUUGGAAGAGGAGGAGACUCUACUUCUCCCCUUGACAACGCCUCUCUCCGUUCCCCGGGUCACUGCUGGGGAAGCAUGAUCAGUGCUCAGCCUGGGCACCGUGACAUCCCCACUCAUAGGUGUUAGUGAAGCCCCUCACUCUUAGGCUUUGGUAUAGGGUUCCCAGAAGUCUGUUCUUCCAGAAGUUGUAGUUUUUCAUAGAGCUCAAGUUCCCAAAAGUUGAUGCAGUCUUAGGCAUAAGGUUCUCUCCCCUGCAGUCUUCGCACCCCCUAGCUGUGGUUCUUAGGAGUAGUCCAAAUCAAUAAAUUUUACAUUUUCUUUAC